AUGUCGGAAUACUGGAAGUCGACGCCUAAAUACUGGUGCAAGUUUUGCUCCACUUACGUGCGCGACACGGCUCUCGAGAAGAAGUCGCACGAGGCCACUCCCAAGCACCAGAACAACAUCCAGCGCUCUUUGCGCGACAUCCACAAGAAGACCGAACGCGAGGAUCGCGAGAAGCAACGCGCCAAAGAUGAAGUCGCUAGAUUGAACGGCCUGGUCUCUGGCAAACAACAAUUCAAUUCUGUCGCCUCUGCCUCGCAACCUUCCGCCCCGAAACUCAAGUCUACUGCUCCGACCGGUCCUGCUUCUGUUGCCGAGCGAAAGCGCCAAAUGGAACAGCUCGCUGCUAUGGGUGUCGCUAUCCCUGAAGAAUACCGUCGUGACAUGUCCAUCCAAGGAGAGUGGUCUACCGUUUCGGAGAGACCCGUCUACUCUCGUCCUGUCAAAUCUACCUCAGACGAUGAAGAUGAAGACACCAAGGCCUUUGGCGUGAGAAAGCGCAAACUUGACGACGAAGAAGACCAAGAUCUAAAACUGGCUCCCAAAGCCUGGGGCUCGCGUCUCAAGUCAUAUCCUGGCGCAAGUAGCAAUACCGAAGAAGACCUAGAUGCUUUGCUCUCUGGCGCCACCACCAAGAAGGAAGUCAAGUCUGAAGCAUCAGAUCUGCUGAAGAAAGAGGUUGAUACCGAUACUGCUGAUACCAUCGCUGCUGUGCCAGAAAUCACAGAAGCUGCCUCCGCCGAGUCUGAAGUCAAGGCUGAACCAAAACAGGACCAAGAAGCUCCUGUCGUAUUCAAAAAGCGCAAAUCGAAACGCUGA